CACUCAUUCGCUCAGUAGCGGCCGUAGCGAGCGCACGUAGCUACGCGGCGCUCGAACACAUCACACGCGAUCGCGAAAAACUUUUCAGUGCUGUGGGAAAAAAAAUCCGCCCGCACGAAAAAUGAACACAUUUUUUUCUGUGCUGUGAUCCCCUUGUGCAAAAGACUUAUCUGCCGUAAGAGUGUUCUGAAGAGGCUAAUUACCAGUUGCUAAGCUAAUUGGCAGGCCGGCGUUUCAUGAAGUGCGAGAGGCGUACGCCGCAGCAGGCCAGCAGCGGCGGGAGUCCCCGACUAGACGUACAAAUGUUGGCCAUGGACGUGACCAAGGAGGCCCGCGCCUCGCCCCUCCCGGCGACGUCGCAGCCAAACAGCGCGACGCCCACCCAGCAGACGCAGCCACAGAUAUGCGCGGGCUGCAGCAAAGUGAUCACGGAGCGAUACCUUCUGAAGGCUUUGGACCAGCUCUGGCAUGAAGACUGCCUCAAGUGCGGCUGCUGCGACUGUCGGCUCGGCGAAGUCGGCCACACGCUGUACACCCGCGCCAACCUCAUCCUCUGCAAGCGGGACUACUUGAGGUUAUUCGGGAACACGGGAUACUGCGCAGCAUGCAACAAGGUGAUCCCUGCGUUUGAGAUGGUCAUGCGUGCGCGCAGCAAUGUCUACCACUUGGAGUGCUUCGCUUGCCAACAGUGCAAUCACAGAUUCUGCGUAGGUGACAGAUUCUACUUGUGCGAGAACAAGAUUCUUUGCGAGUAUGAUUACGAAGAGAGGCUGGUGUUCGCCAACAUGGCGUAUAACCCUCCCCCCCUGGCUCAUCUUAAACGACAGACCACGCACUUACCCCCUCCUCCUCAGAGCAGCAAUGCCAUGGGCGGCCUGAUGAACGGCUCGAGUCGCGCCGGGGACCUGAACAACAACAUGUCAGGGUCCUCCCCCGCGCCCUUCGCCGCUCCCCCGCACCUCAAGCCCUUAGGGCUGUCCGCGUCCAGCUGAGACUAUCGCGUCUGAGACGCAGCCCAUCCCUACGCCAAGUAUCAAAACUGAACAGUGAAUACGAUGCAAAUGUGAAGUGAAUCAGCUCGAUUUAAGGUUGACUUCUGCACAAGUGACUGACACAAUGGGCCUAUCGGGCAAUAGUUAAUGAAAAUGUAUGGCGUCUCUGAUCUAUCUACAUGCCAUAUUUUCAUACUUUUGUCGUGUAGACCCUGCGCGUCAGUCUAAUGCAUGAGUCAAGCUUUACGGACGAUAUUAUAAACCAUGGACUCAAGUUUGAGACUUUUAAACGCAAAAUGCCAAACCGUAGUUAGUCCACAUCUCAUGUCGUCAGUAGGUUUUAAUCUCAACCUACUUUUACGAUUUUCUUGUGUAAAUGUUAUAUGAGUGAUUGAAUGUUUCAGUUUAUUAAUCUCAUAAGAUGAUCUCAUUGGGCAGUUUUGCUGAAAUAGAAUAGUUUCCAAUAUUAAUAUGAUAUAGAUAUGAUAAUUAAAUAUCUUUUCUUUUAAUUUUCAGGCUGUUUGACUUGAGUGCACACAGUAAUUAAAUGUACCACACACAUUAAGUUUUGUGUCACAGUGUGUACGCAACGUUAGUACAGUCGACGACAAAAAAUUUUGACGAUUCAUUACUCUACUAAAAGAGUCGGUAUCUGAAGUCUAAGAACUAAAAUUAAAGUCGUUGAAUGUACCGUACAGUCAAACGCGAGCGGGUUGUAAGACUGCUGAAUUUUGAUUUUUGAAGAAAAUUUAAUAAAAUGUAUUAAAGUAUCUACACUUCAAUGUUGUUGUAUGUAAAUAAGCAUUUGAUAAUCGCGCGUAUAGCGAUAGUAGGGAGCCAAGUCUCUUGUGCUUGAAUCCCAUUUCACUGAAGAAUUUUAUAUUGCAAAUAUGAUUUAAAUGUAACAUUUUGAAAGACAAGACAAGUAUAUAAUUUGACUAUGUGCAAUAAAAUCUUUGUUCAAUAUGGAAUUACUUUACCGUACUGACCUGCAAUUUUUUCGUAUCUCUUUGUACCACAUCUUCAAUGUAUAAACAUAUUUAAUAUAAAUGCUAAUUAUUAAGUUUUGUAUUUUUUCACACAUGUAAAUUAUUUGGCUUAGCCUUGAAAGAAUUUAUUUUCGCUUGAAUCCAAUUAUAUGUUAUUUCGUUUUGUACCUAACUAUAUUGUAUAUUAUCUGUUAAGUUUACUAUAAACAUUGUUAUAAUGUUUGUAUUAUUUAUGUAAAUAAUUAUAUCUUUAAGUAGUAUAUUGUAUUUAGAUGACUUCUGAAUACUUGAAUUAAAUAGUGAAUUAUGAAAAUCCAUUAAGUGUUAGUUAGAAUGUAUUCUAAUUGAAAAUAGUUCAAAUUAGUUUCUUUAGUGAUAUUUUGAAUGGAUACUGUAAUCAAAAACAGUUGAUUUUGCAUUUAGGUACAUUCGUCUAAAAUUAAUUGUUGAACCAUGAAAUAAAUAUUGAUGUCACAGAUUGUAUUAACUUUCGUAGACGAUUGUUCAUUCCUAUAGUAAGAGCGCAAUGUAACACAUUUGAAUAUAUGUGUCUCCUCUAACCAAUGAUACAACCAAAGAUGUAGCUCAUUAAAACUUGUUCAAAACUU